CCAACGUUGCCAAUGCCAAUUUUACAAAUUCCCUAACUAAAAAUCUAACCAGAUCUAACCAUUUUCCCAUGAUUUUCCCACCCACAUACCACUUGAAAGUUUAAAGCCACAGUUUAAAGCCCUAUCAGCCCUAUGUGAAGUUUACAUGUAUAUUUUAUUGUAUUUACAAGUUCCAAGAUUUAAAGGAUAUGUAUGUAAAAGGGAAAACAAGAUUUUAAACAGAAAAAAACAUGGAAAAUAAUGAGUUUCUUUUAAAAUGUAACAACUACUGGUAACAACCAAACAUGUCAACUUAUACCUAGUAUGAAAAUGUAAAAAUUCUAAUUAAAACAAGAAAUGUCAGUCAGCGAUCCAUUAAUCAAAGAUGUAAAAAGCUGUGUUCAACAGUUUCUAAAUCUGAAUUUCACCUCAACACCUAUUACAGACAACAAUUUUUAUUUUAUCUUGUUUUGUCAGACACUGGAGAAAAUUUUUAAUAAAGGUCUUAUUCGCCAACAAAACACAAAAUAUUUUAAUAGGAUAAUUGAUCCAUAUGCCUGGAUGGUGAGCAUAUCUAGAGAAAAAGGAACUACAAUAUUAACAUAUCGAAACUGUGUUGAUUGUGUCAGAGAAAAGAAAGAAAUAUAUAGUAACGAAGGAAGAUUUCGAUAUUUAGUUAAGAUAUGUUUACUAAAGAAAUGCCUACAGGUAUCAUUAGAAUGUUUGAUCGAUUCUCAGAUAGCACAUUUAUUAUACUCGCCAAAUUCAAUAUUGGGCGAUGAGAUAUUAAUUGAAAUUUUCCUCUCAGUGAUCAGACAAGUGUCUAAAAUUGAAUUUUCUUUGGACUUAAAUAAUUGUUCAUUUCUGGAUUAUAGUUGGUAUAUUCCAGAAAUAUUAACUAUUGAACUAGUCCCAUGCAAAGCCUUAGGUGUUACUGUGAGCUUUUCUGGAAAUAAAGCAGUGAUAGUUAAUGUGGAGUCAAAUGGAGUAGUUGGAGAAAGUAAUAAAGUAAAACUGGGUGAUGUUCUAGACAGUCUAAAUGGUGUUCAUAUUGAUUCAUCUUGCAAAGGAAAGUUAAGUUCGAUAAUGAGAUCAAACAGAAAUAAGCCAAUAAUUAUGAAAGUAGCAAAGAUUAAUUUUGAAGGAUCAGGAGAAAUAUACAAACCCAUAGAGCAACUAAUUAAGGAUAUGAAAUUAAAUCUAGACUUGAAAAAAUCGGAAAAUAGUAUCAGUUCUACUAGAGUUAACAGUGACAAAAAGAUGAAUAUUUAUGGAUAUCAUGUCAAAUACUUAGCUGAGGUAGAUGUAGGAACUCUAGGAAAUGUGAAGCAAGUCCAAAAAGCUAUAAAAUGUAUUUUGGAUAAUCAUGUUAAUGAUGUUAAAUCAGUGUCCAGAAUUGACAAAGAUGUUUCUUUCGAAAUUGGGGAAAUUGCUCUUAAAAUCAGAGAUAAAAUUAGUGGAGAAAUGAUUUUGGAUCAUCCAUAUAUGAAAAUAUCUGCGUGUGGUAAUCUACCAUUGCAUCCGACUAUUUUUGGAUAUUGUGCUGGGAAGGAAAACUGUGAUGUUGCAAAAGAAUUCCAUUGCCACUUAUUUGAAAGUUCAUUUGAUGAUGCAGAUACUAUUUUACAAAGCAUUGGACAGGGAUUUCACAGGACGCAUUAUGCAGUAUGAAUAAUAUUUUAAAAUAUAUAAUAUAUUUAAUAUUCUAAUAUAUAAUAUAUAUUUUAGUAUUUAAAGAUGUAUAUAUCUUUAAUAUCUGUUCAUGGUACUCGUAUUUAUAUAUAUCUAUGAAUUAAAAAUUCGAUUACAAUACAUAAUGCAAAUAUCACACAAGAAUCGUGGUUUCCUUAAGUUAUUUUAUAAGUUUGUUAUUUACAUCAUUGAUCUCAUAUUUUUACACUAUUUAUUUACAAUAGAAAUAACAUUAUUACUUAAUUACCUAGCUUACAUAUUAUGAUACAUAUUUCGAUGCAUAUUAAUAUUUAUUAUACAGUCUUAACAAAUAAACAUUGAACUUCUGUGAAUGAA